GAGAGGUCGUGGCGUACCACCCGGUGCGACAGUCCGGCUGCCGGUGCUGUGCUGGGGAGGGGAAGGGGUCGGCAUCUGGCAGUGAGGCAGGAACGGCUGAAGUGGGGCUUUGCUUUGUUUCCGUGUAUGGUGGACAGAUGGAUCCAAUCUAGCAGGGCUGGGGCCGGCUGCACUGCAGCUUGGGGGCUCCUCGCAGACGUGUGCGCUCACAGCAGAGGGCCCACAUGCGGGUGGCUGUCGGUGGGAUCGGCCACUGUGGGGGUAAGGGGACACUUUGUAUUGAGCCCUGUCGCUUGGGGAAGGGGAGAGCUGAGCCCAGCCAUGGGCCCGGGCCCCCAUCUGCCUGUUCAGCCACACCGAAGGUGGUGGGGGGCCGCGGCUGCUCUCCUGAUCCUGCUGCUGGUGGUUUUCCAGACUUUGCAAGGAGCUGGCUGGAAUCACAAGGAGGGAGCGACAGCCCCCCGAAAGUCAGAGCCCGGCUUCACUGUCUCACAAGGAGGUCGCAUGGGCAGGAGGAGACGCUAUGCCAUCAACCCACUUGGUUAUAAGUGGGACCAUGUUAAUCUCACCUAUAAGAUCGUGCAGUUCCCCAGCACGCUGAACAAAGGUGACACAGAGAGAGCCAUUGCCGCUGCCUUCCGCGUGUGGAGCGACGUCUCGCCCCUCAGCUUCCGGCGCCUGCCCCCUGCCCAGCCAGCUGACAUCACCAUAGGCUUCUACAGCUUUAACCACACUGACUGCUGGUUCUCCCCGCGACACCCCUGCUUCGAUGGGCUGAACGGGGAGCUGGCCCAUGCCUUCCUGCCGCCCCGGGGCGAGAUCCAUUUUGACAACCACGAGUUCUGGAUCCUGGGCCGCUCGCGCUUCAGCUGGAAACAAGGGGUCUGGCUGAAUGACCUGGUCCAGGUGGCAGCUCACGAGAUCGGCCAUGCCCUGGGCCUGUGGCAUUCGUGGGACGUCCGCACGCUCAUGCACCCAAACGCCACCUACAGCAGGACUUGGCACAUCGGCCAGGACGACGUCUGGGCUGUUCAGCGACUGUAUGGCUGCGUGGACGAGAAGCGGCAGUGUGAGCCUUGGGCCCGGCUGGGAUUCUGCACGGGCCGGCGAGCCUUCAUGAAGAGGCACUGCCCCAAAAUCUGCAACUCCUGCUUCGAGCCCCCUGCUGUCUCCUCCUCCCCCUCUGUGCGUCCCCCCCACAUUCACACCAAGUACAUCUCCGAAGGGAGAGUCAUAACCUUCCGCUGUGGGCUGAAUUCCUCCAGGCCACACCUGCAAGUCAGCUGGUACAAAGAUGGGGCGCUCCUUUCACGCUCUGUUCCCGGCUUCGAGCUGCUGCCGCGCCAGGAGCUGCGCGUUCGUGCCACCGAGUUCAGCGAAGGGCAGUACACGUGCUUGAUCCGCCACGCCAGCAGGAUCCUCCGGGCGAAUUCUUGGCAGAUAAAGCUCAAGGCCAGGAGUCCUUCCUCUCACAAGCAACCAGGGCUCCGAAGGGACAUGCAGGGAAAUGCACGUGCCUGAUUGAUUCAUAGGGCAAGGGAUGCAUGCACAAUUGUGAACAUGUGCCUCAGUGCCCCAGGGCCCUGCGUGGGGACAGUAUCGUCCCUGUUCUUCACAGCAGACUCAUUGCUCGGGUCGCUCAUCACUCAGCAUCCUGCCCCAUCUCUUCUGCUUCCUCCUCAUCCUGGUCACUUAAACCAGGGCUGGCCAAACAGCAGAGAGUUCAACGCCAGAACCCUGCUCCUUUCAUUGACCCACUCCCAGUGCUGGCAGGAGCUGCUCUGCUCACUAUUCCCGGACCAGGGCAGAGAUCUCCUGCUGGGAGGAGGUGAGGGUGAGAUUAUCUGCCUGCUUCCCCAGGCCCUCUUCUUGCUUUCAGUCCUCACCUACCCAGUUAGCUGGUGUCUGUGAGCAUGCCCCCUCCCCCCUCCCAUGCACCUCAACCCUGUGCUUAUAUCCUGAGCCACCCUGCUGUAGCCCUGUCAAACCAGGAGCUGAAUAAAAAUCCAGGUGAGAAUCCCAGCUGCCGGCUUCUGCCCUUCUUCCUUUGACUUAGUUGCUCUUUUCAAGUAGUGAUCCUGUCAUUUCCAGUAUCCCCAGGCUGGCCCAGUGCAGCUGGUAGCUCAGUGCCUUAGCUUGGGCAGCCCUUAAGGGUGUGGAUGUUAGUUUUCCUGGAAUAGAUCCUUGCAAUUUCCCGCCAAACAAGUUAUCUGAACGAAACCACAGCAGAGUGGGCUGCAAACGCUGAUUAUCCAAAGCUCCCUUGUGAUUGGCUGCUCUGGCCCUUGGGCGAUGUCUCCACUGUC